GUUACUUCCGUUCCUACGUGCGGAGCCGGCGCCCUCGCUGGUGGGGACGGGGAAGUCACCGGGCUGCUUGGAAGAUGGCGGCGGUGGAGACUGUCCCGACUUCGACUACGGCGUCGGCCCUUGGGGAGGUGGAGGAUGAGGGUCUGCUGGCGUCGUUGUUCCGGGACCGCUUCCCCGAGGCCCAGUGGCGGGAGAGGCCCGACGUGGGCCGCUACCUCCGGGAGUUGAGCGGCUCGGGGCUGGAGCGGCUGCGGCGGGAGCCGGAGCGCCUGGCGGAGGAGCGGGCGCAGCUGCUGCAGCAGACGCGGGACUUGGCCUUCGCCAACUACAAGACCUUCAUCCGCGGCGCUGAGUGUACCGAGCGCAUCCAUCGCCUCUUCGGCGACGUGGAAGAGGCGCUCGGCCGCCUGCUGGGCCGCCUGCCCGGCUUCCAGCAGAGCUGCAGGAAUUUUGUGAAGGAGGCCGAGGAGAUCAGCUCCAAUCGCCGGAUGAACACCCUCACUUUGAACCGGCAUACAGAAAUCUUGGAAAUCUUGGAGAUUCCUCAGCUCAUGGACACUUGUGUCCGGAACAGCUAUUAUGAAGAGGCCCUGGAGCUUGCCACUUAUGUACGUCGACUUGAAAGGAAAUACUCCUCCAUCCCCGUUAUCCAGGGCAUUGUGAAUGAAGUGCGCCAGUCCAUGCAGCUGAUGCUGAGCCAGCUGAGCCAGCAACUGAGGACCAACAUCCAGCUGCCUGCCUGCCUGCGUGUUAUUGGCUACUUGAGGCGCAUGGAUGUCUUCACUGAGGCUGAGCUACGGGUGAAGUUUCUUCAGGCCCGAGAUGCUUGGCUCCGCUCCAUCCUGACUGCCAUCCCAAAUGAUGAUCCCUAUUUCCAUAUCACAAAGACCAUUGAGGCCUGCCGGGUGCAUCUCUUUGAUAUCAUCACCCAGUACCGGGCCAUCUUCUCAGAUGAAGACCCCCUGCUGCCCCCUGCCAUGGGUGAGCACACCGUGAACGAGGGCGCCAUCUUCCACGGCUGGGUGCUGCAGAAAGUCUCCCAGUUCCUGCAGGUGCUGGAGGCUGACCUUCACCGCGGGAUUGGUGGCCGCCUAGACUCUCUGCUGGGCCAGUGCAUGUACUUCGGUUUGUCAUUCAGCCGGGUGGGGGCUGAUUUCCGGGGCCAGUUGGCUCCUGUCUUUCAGCGGGUGGCCAUCACCACUUUUCAGAAAGCGAUUCAAGAAGCGGUGGAGAAAUUCCAGGAUGAAAUGAACUCCUACACCCUCAUCUCAGCUCCAGCCAUACUGGGCAGCAGUAACAUGCCUGCUGCCAUUCCAGCCACUCAGCCGGGGACGCUGCAACCACCAAUGGUGCUUUUAGACUUCCCGCCCCUUGCCUGUUUCCUCAACAACGUCCUGGUUGCCUUCAAUGACCUGCGUCUCUGCUGCCCAGUGGCCCUCGCUCAGGAUGUGACAAGGAUCUUGGAGGACGCCCUUGCCAAGGUAACCAAAAUAAUCCUGGCCUUCCAUCGUGCGGAGGAGGCCGCCUUCAGCAGCGGGGAGCAGGAGCUCUUUGUCCAGUUCUGCACUGUCUUCCUGGAAGACCUGGCUCCUUAUGUAAAUCGCUGCCUUCAGGUCCUUUUCCCGCCGGCUCAGAUAGCACAGACUUUAGGCAUUCCCCCCAGCCAGCUCGCCAAGUACGGCAACCUUGGGCGUGUCAACAUCAGCGUCAUCCAGGAGCCUCUGGCCUUUAUCCUGCCUAAGAGAGAGCCGGACUUCUCUUUAGAUGACCAGGAGCUGGUGCCCGAGCUCCCGGCUGCAGCCCCGCAGCAUCCUGCUACUCCUGCUCAGGAGGAGAGCCUGGCAGCCGCCCCUGCAGCCCACCCUGAGUGCGGGCCCCCGGAGGGGCAGCCCCGGGACAAAGAGCCCAGGGCGCCACCCAGCGAGGGGCCCUAGCCACCGCGGCCGCUUCCUCCAGGCCAGGUCGAGGAGGCCGGGGACGCCCACCCGCCCGCCCGCCUGGGGGCUCCGCGGUGCCCGUGAGAGAUA